AUGUCAUUACAAUAUCAAUAUUAUAUCCAUCAAUCUACAAUAUCAGAUAUAAUUGCAGAAACAUGUAAUGCAUUAUGGACAACUUUAGUAUCCAUAGUUCUUAAAGUACUUACAUGUGAAGAAUGGAAAGAAAUUGCGAAAAAUUUUGAAAUAAAAUGUAAUUUUCCACAUUGUAUAGGUGCUGUAGAUGGAAAGCACGUAGUCAUACAGGCUCCACCUAACUCUGGGUCAACAUAUUAUAACUAUAAAAAUUCGCACAGCAUAGUGUUAAUGGCUGUUUGUGAUAGUAAUUAUAAGUUUAUAUUAACUGAUAUUGGAGCGGCUGGACGUCAAAGUGAUGGAGGCAUAUGGUCAAGAUCUGAUAUAGGUGAAGCGUUUGCAGCAGAUAAAAUGAAUAUACCACCUCCAGAUCGUGUAUUUGAGGGACCUGUUUUGCCAUAUGUAUUGGUGGCUGAUGAAGCUUUCCAAUUAACUACGUAUACGAUGCGGCCGUUUCCUGGAAAAGGAGGUUUAACGAAGGAAAAAUGUAUAUUUAAUUACAGACUCAGCAGAGCGCGCCGUAUGGUAGAAUGCGCGUUUGGAAUUCUUUCUUCUCAAUGGAGAAUAUAUAAACGACCUAUCAACACAUCGAUAGAAACGGCAAGAAAUAUAAUAAAAGCAACAAUAGUUUUGCACAAUUUUCUUCAUCAAAAUGCUGAGGAUAUUAAUUGUUAUUCUGAAAUUACAAAUGAUCCAACCUUGUCCGAAAUUGAAACUACAGCAUUUAGAGAUUUAAGCAAUGUUGGCAGCAAUACUCAUACGCGGGAAGCAUCUCAAAUACGAAGCAUUUUUAUGGAUUAUUUCAAUAAUGAAGGUGCUAUUUCAUGGCAAGAAACGUUUGUUUAA